GUUCUAUCAUGUUAUUCAUAAAUUACGUUUCCCAACCCGCCUCAAACUUAAAAAGCCCUAACAAAGCAACUCUCUAUUCUCAAAAGCCCAGCCGCCUCUAAACUGAAGCCGCCACCCAACCACAAUCAACCCUCCUCCUCCUCCUCCGGCGGCGACGGCGAAGCCACCAUGCUUUUCUUCACCACUACCAUUAUUAUUAUUAUUAACUGAACACAUCCCCCUUCCCUUUCUUCUACUUUCUAUUCGGUUUUUGAUUAAAUCUCACUCUUUGCAAUGGCUGCUUUGAAGUGCAAUUCUUUGUCACUCAGGGGCCCUGCUCUACAGUUUGCGCGUCCCACCUCUCCCGAUAACUAUAAGAGGAAUGCAAAGUGGAGGUCUCCGCAAGCGGCUGUAAUACCUAAUUUCCAUCUUCCAAUGCGCAGUUUGGAAGUUAAAAAUAGGACAUCUACAGAUGAUAUAAAGGCUCUUAGAUUGAUAACAGCCAUCAAAACUCCAUACCUACCUGAUGGUAGAUUCGAUCUAGAAGCGUACGAUGACUUGGUGAACAUGCAGAUUGUCAAAGGCGCUGAAGGUAUUAUUGUUGGUGGCACAACUGGUGAAGGCCAAUUGAUGAGCUGGGAUGAACAUAUAAUGCUUAUAGGCCACACAGUAAACUGUUUUGGUGGAUCAAUUAAGGUUAUUGGAAACACUGGAAGCAAUUCCACAAGGGAAGCAAUUCAUGCUACUGAACAGGGUUUUGCUGUUGGAAUGCAUGGUGCCCUUCACAUUAAUCCCUACUAUGGCAAAACCUCCAAGGAGGGAAUGGUUUCUCACUUUGAAAGUGUUCUAUCAAUGGGUCCCAGCAUCAUAUACAAUGUACCUUCGCGGACUGGCCAAGAUAUUCCCCCACGUGUAAUUCACACUAUAGCCCAGAGUGCUUACUUGGCUGGUGUUAAGGAGUGUGUUGGAAAUGAUCGGGUCAAACAGUAUACAGAUAACGGUAUAGUAGUGUGGAGUGGGAAUGAUGAUGAGUGUCAUGAUUCUAGAUGGAGCUAUGGAGCGACUGGGGUGAUAUCUGUUACUAGCAACCUUGUUCCUGGAUUAAUGCGGGAACUUAUGUUUGGAGGAAAAAACCCUUCACUGAAUGCAAAGCUCAUGCCUCUGAUGGAGUGGCUUUUUCUUGAGCCAAAUCCCAUUGGCUUAAACACGGCUCUUGCUCAACUUGGAGUUGUGAGGCCAGUUUUCAGGCUCCCAUAUGUACCUCUUCCUCUGGCAAAGAGGGUAGAGUUUGUUAAUUUGGUGAAGGAAAUUGGCCGGGAGAAUUUUGUAGGAGAAAAAGAUGUUCAGGUUCUUGACGAUGAUGACUUUAUCUUAAUUGGUCGGUAUUAGUUUGUUUUCCUAGUUCUGGAUAUUUGGGGGGUGUUUGGUAUAUGUGCUUAAAAAUAUGUUUUGUUGUUUGAAAACAUGUGUAAAAAUACGUGAGAAAAAAA